UUUCAGAAGCCUUGCCCUGCUGCUGUCAUAUCACAAACCUGCUGGGUAGAUAAUUGAAGCGACAACAACAACAACAACACAGACUCAUCAGGCUAAUCAUAACGGAAGACGUACCGGUUAACAUUAAAGUCUGCUAGGCGCGGUUCUGCGCCCCGUUACAGAAUGGCACAAGCUAACAUUUCUGUAACGGAGAGUCAGUUCCGAUGCCCGAUCUGUCUGGAGGUGUUGAACGACCCAGUGUCCAUUCCUUGCGGACACACCUACUGCAUGCGCUGCAUCAACAAGUACUGGGACCAAGUUGACGCGACCAGCCAGUUCAGCUGUCCGCAGUGCCGGGAUGCAUUCAGCCCGAGACCGGUGCUUCGGCGGAACACGGUGCUGGCCGAGCUAGUGGACAAACUCAAACUGAGCAGCGAAGCGUCUUUUCUUUCCACAGCGUCGCCCGACCAUUACAUGGGAGGGGUCGGGGACGUCGCCUGCGACUUUUGCCCGAUCGAUAGUAAACUGAAAGCGGUCAAGUCCUGCUUGGUGUGUCUGGCAUCUUUCUGUGAGAUGCACGUCCUGCCCCACCGGGAGGUCGGAACCCUACGGCGCCACAAGCUGGUGGCCGCGGUGGAGUGCCUGGCGGACCGGCUGUGUGCACAACACCGCCUCGGCCUGGAGCCCAGCGGAACCGGAGCGGACGGGGAGGUCGCGGAGGAGUGGACCGGGGACUGUCUGUUGUGCGAGGCUGACCACGAAGAGAUCCACAACGUGGACGGACAGAGAGCCAGGAGACGGCUCCAGCUCCAGGAGAGUCACAGACUGCUCCAGGGGAGGACUCAGACUGCGGAGCGAGACCUGGAGGAGUUUCAGCAGAGUCUUGAGUCCUUCAAGGUCUCUGCGUCGGUGGUGGUGGAGGACAGCGAUGCUCUGUUUGCUGACGUGGCCCUCCGCCUGGAAAAGAUCAGGGCUGAGGUGCGUGCACGGCUGGAGGCCAAGGAGCGUGCGGUGGUGGGGCGGGCGGAGCGGGAGGUGGAGGCCCAGCAGAGAGAGGUGGAGGAGCUGAGGAGGAGAGAGGAGGAGAUCAGCCUGCUGCUGGAGACCGACGACAACACCACACACUACCUGCAGACGGCCUCCCUGCUGUGCCAGCCCCCCCCCAGCGGUCGUCGCUGCAGGACCCCCUCCCUCCCCAUGGAGCCGUUCAGCACGGCCCGGAAGGCCCUCUGUCACUUCCGCUCCCGUAUGGAGGAGGUGUCCAGCGAGGAGGUGGACAAGAUCAGCAGCGCAAUCAACGAGAACUGUGUCUCAGGAGGAGAAUGUUUCAAAGUAGCUCCAGUGCCGUUCCCCCUCUCAUCUGUGUCCCUGCAGCCUUCAGACCACAGGAUGAGAGCAGCCUUCCUCAGGUUCUCCUGCGGCCUCUCCCUGGACCCCGACACGGCCCACCCCACCCUGGUGCUGCUGGGGGGCCCGUCGGCGGGGGCCCACUGCGGGGAGGAGCCCCAGGCCUACCCCCUGCACCCCCAGCGCUUCGACUCGGUGGCCCAGGUGCUGUGCCGCGAGGGCCAGUUCUCGGGCGCCAGCUACUGGGAGGUGGAGUGGCGUGGCGGGGGCUGGGUGGACGUGGGCGUCACCUACCGCGGCAUCGGCCGCAAGGGCGGCGGCAAGCCCUGCCUGCUGGGCCGCAACGAGCACUCGUGGCGCCUGCGCUGCACGCACACGGGCUACUCGGCGUGGCACGACAACCGCAAGACCACGGUGGCGUCGGCGCCGUGCCCGCGCGUGGCCGUGUUCCUGGAGCGCCACCGGGGGGCGCUGUCGUUCUACAGCGUGUCGGACGUGCUCACGCUGCUGCACACCUUUCAGGGGCCCUUCUCCCAGCCGCUGUACCCCGCCUUCCGCCUGGACCUGGACGCCACACUGGUCAUACACCCAGCGCCCGGCGGCCCGGCCGCCGCCGCCGGCAAGGGCACGCCGCCGUAGCCCCGCCCCCCCCCCCCCCCCCCCCAGACGGGCUCGGCCAUUCAGUUAGCUUUCUCUCUGUCUCUCUCUUUCUCUCCCUCUGUCCCUGUCUCUCUUUCACUGUUUCUGCCUCCCUAUCUCUCUCUCUAUCUCUGUCCCUCCGUCUCUAUCUCUGUCUGUCUUCUACCAAAAGAGCUCAUCUGGAACGAGGAUUAACAUUCAUUUGUUAUUUUACUGUUUCGCUGUGCUCUCUGCUCACCAAAGGAACGUAGCUCUAUUAUACACAUGUUUACAUGUGAAUGGACACUAAACAGAGAUAUUGUUUCUAUGCAUGACAAACUAUUAUAAAAAAAGUAUUUUUAUUUAUCAACAUCGGGUCAUUAUGUAGGGAUUUAGUGUGAAAUUAUAUACCAUAAUGCACUUCAGGAUAAUCGUGUGAUUCACAUUUUUGUUUUAUGUAGACCUAUUAGUCAUGUAAAAACUAUUGAAAGUGAUAGUGGAUUCCUAGAUAACAUUCCGUAGUGUCCAUUAUAUUGGUUUGACAAUCCAAAUGUAGGAUUUUGGCGGUCUGAUUCAGGAAGUAGUUCAUCGUGUAAAUUGUAUUGUUUCAUAAGGGCCCCCGUGUGCCUUUCUCAGAUGUAUCUUAAGUGCCUUCAACCAAAUCAGAAUCAGAGAUGUUUGGUUCAGAUAUUUUGGACGACCCAAGAAGGCCUUAACCUUAAAGGCACCCAGUGCAACUUUAUGUAAACAU